AUGAACCAAGCCUUCUGGAAAACCUACAAGUCCAAAGUGUUACAGACACUGAGUGGGGAAUCCGAGGAGGACCUGGCAGAAGAGAGGGAGAGCCCAGCAUUAGUGGAGGCUGAGAAGGCAGAACCCGCCGAGGAGGCCUUCAACCCCAUGUCACAGCUGGCCCGCAGGGUUCAGGGGGUCGGGGUGAAAGGCUGGCUGACAGUGUCAUCUCUGUUCAACAAAGACGAUGAGGACAAGCUGUUGCCUCCUGAGCCCUGUGCCGAUCACCCGCUGGCCGCGAGGCCCCCUUCGCAGGCGGCGGCCGAAGCGGAGCCGCGCGGGGCGGGGUUCUGGGACGCGUUCGCCAGCAGGUGGCAGCAGCAGGCGGCGGCGGCGUCCGUGCUGCGCGGCGCCGAGCCCACCUCUGAGCCCGACCCGGAGGAGGCCGGGGACCAGGCCGCGGAAGAGGCCGUCGAGCGUUCCGAACCCCGGGAGACGGACCCCGCCGCCGGCUUCAAGUGGGGCUUCCUCACCCACAAACUGGCCGAGAUGAGGGUGAAGGCUGCACUCAAGGGCGACUAG